AUGGAGCUUGUACUUGCAAUUUCAGACGGUCGUCCUCCAAAUGCGAAUCGUCAACCACUCUUAGACGGAUAUUUUGCGCAGAGCACAGUCGGGACUGCUGUUCAGUAUCUUGUGCUCACAGAUCCAAACUGUGUUCUUCCUGAUUUUCCAUGCGUGCCAUGGGACGACGCUAUUCUGAUCACUCCACAGAAUAGCGUUCAAACCUACUGGGAUGAAGCGGCAUCUACUAAACAUGGUCGUUCGUCUGGGAAUAUUAAAUACUUAUUUUGUGCGGAAGAUUAUGUCCAUCACAGACAGCUGUCAACAGUCAAACGAUUCGCAGUGGCUUCAUUAUCUUUUGAUGACACGGAUAGACUCUUGACACAACUGACAGUCUCCCUUCUAAUGAAAGCUAUGGUGACGAAGAAUAUUUAUACCUGUGCAGGCGUGGCGAAUGGAUCAAGAGGAACGAUUGCCGGAAUCAUGUUAGACAAAAGGGAGACAUGGUUUGAGGCAACCACGAACCAAGGUAGCAUUUCUCUUAUGUUUCCUCCUGCUGUAUCUGUCAUGCCUGAUAUACAAAGAUUAUCCAGAGGCUUAGUUACCAUGUUUCCAGAUCCAGGUUCCUUCACCAUCCGCACUUCUACCUGUGCAGAGGUGCAAUGGCAUCAAUUCACCUUAACUCCAGCAUAUGCUUUCACCAAUUUGAAAUCCCAAGGUCAGGCAAUAGAACGAGUUAUGGUUGACCUUGGGUCAUCACAGUAA